CACAAACUGCCAGAGACAUAGAGAGAGAGGGAGAGAGCGAAAGACACAGCGGCGAUACAAGUGGAGCACACACACGCCAACACAUUGCCAACCGAAGUCCAAACGGGAGAGCAAGGCCUUGCAAUUGGCUACGGGCCCAGCGUCCGUUCAGUGUGUCAGUCAGUCUUGUCUUCGCGGUUGCAACGCGAGGGUCGCUCAAGCUCAGAAGAAGCGACAAAAGAAUCCGGGAACCCAAAGAAGAAAAAGAAAAAAAAAACAUAACAACGCAAACGCGAAUAUCGGGCGUAAAUUAAAUAAUAAGAUUGCAAUCAUCCAAGCGCUUAGCAUCGCCCAUUGCCAACAAAAUGCCCAUCCAGAGACGGUUACUAAGGGCUGUUCUGCUAGCACUGGCGCUGGCUAUGCUUAUGAAGGGUCAACAAGUGAACGCCUCUUUGGCGUCCAUGCAACAUCGUCAGCGGAUGCAUAUUCAGCGAGAUAGCAUCGAUAUCAAGGACAAGAUUAUCGAAUUGCAAUGCCUGGCCCGAUGCGAGACCGAAGUAUCAACACAGACCCAGCAUCAGCGUUGUCUGGAUCACUGUAUACGAGAGCUUCCGCGGACACCGCGUCGUGGUAGCUGCCCUCAGCUGGGAAGGCAAACGCGACUCCUGUCAUGCCUGGACAAUUGCCAAUACGAUCAUGACUGUGCCGAGGUGCAAAAGUGUUGCUCCUCUGGAUGUGGUCCUGUAUGCGUUGAGCCACUCGGCGUUCGCAACGACACACAAUUGCCACCUAUACCCAAAAUAUCUAGUCUAAGGCCAGGCAGCCAUAAAGUCGAAUUAACCAUAGAGUCAUCACCAUUGGUCUAUUACUUCCAUGUCGAGGUUUGCUCUCAUAUUGGACGUCUCUUUGCUACCCGCAAACUAGGCCUUUGGCAGUGGCAAAAGGUUCAAAAAAUUUACGAGUCACAAGAUGGACACAGAAAAUGGACAAAAAUCACCUUCAAUUUGCGACCAGGUCGCUGGUAUCAGGUGAGAGUGGCAGCAGUUAACGCUUUUGGCUAUCGUGGUUACUCCCAGCCAACAAGUGCAUUUCCCUCUGCAAGCACAGAUCCUAAGCCUCCAAAGGCACCCAACGAUUCAAAAAUUAUCUCGAAACAAUACGACGGACGUUAUAUGAAUGUAAAACUGGUCUGGUGUCCAUCCAGAUCGAAUUUACCCGUAGAGAAAUACAAGAUCAUGUGGUCCUUAUAUGUAAAGAGUCAGGAGGGCUCUUUGAUUCGUGAAGUCGCCUAUGUAAAAGAUUCCCAUCAGUUCGAUAUUAAGAAUUUGUUACCCAACUCUUCAUACUACAUUCAAGUGCAGGCUAUAUGCUUUAGUGGCUCAAGACGUCUUAAAUCGGAUAAAAAGGAUCUUUUCUUUAACACAACAUUACAAUCCUUGGAGCCAUAUUCCCAACUGGAAUGUUCCACUCAGAGUUAUAAACGCUUAUAUCAUCAGCAUACAACAUCGGAAAGAAGUUCCACACCAGCCAUCAUUUUCAAUGAAGUGACUCCUGUACAGAGUUUAAGCCCAUUGGCGAUAUCUAGUCCCGCCUCUUAUGAAGUGCGUUUCCGUCUAAACCGGAAAUUUGGCAUGAUUGUGCAAAUUUUCGGCUUUCAGCCACACAAGGAGAAGGUCUAUGAACUGUGCCCCCAAGAAACGAAUUGCGAGCAGCGCGAGUUUAGCGCAAUUCGCGCCAAAAAAGAUUCACUGGAGUUUAGCAAAUUAAAAUAUAAUACAACAUAUGUGCUAAAAGCAUUACGCUCCAGUCCCAAUUCUAUUUUGGAUGAUACUAGAAAUGCCUUUACUUUUACCACACCAAAAUGUGAGAACUUUCGCAAGAGUUUUCCGAAAGUGCAAAUUAAAUGCAAUGACUAAUUUCCAUCCAUGAGCAAAACAUACACACACACACAAUGGUUUCGAAUACUAUACAUACAGACCAUGAGAUUAUUCUAGAUUGUAAAUAACGUUUUUUUAAUAUUUUGUUAGAUUUAAGAACAAACCCAACAAGUUGAACGAAAAAAAAA